AUGCAACACCACAACUCACAGAAGCAGAAUUUGAAGAGACAGCUACCAUUCACUUCCCCAAAGCCGCCAUUUGGAGGUGAUUACCACCGUUUCGAUGCUGAUUCUGAUCGAGGAAAACCUAAUCAGGAUGAUGAUCAAGUUGUUGUUGUGAAGACUCCUCCGCCAUUGAAGCGGAAGAAUGAUACAGCAGCCUGUGCAGUGGAAUCUGUUGAACAGAACCCGAGUCCUAACCUUGCUGGUGUCGUCAAGGGUCCUCUUCAGACACCAGGAUCAGGAAAAGUGGCAAAGGCUCAAAAAGUUCCAAGGACACCAAAGGCUAGUAAAGCUGAAUCUCAAACUCACGUGGCAAAUAUUGGUUCUCAUUCCGGCAAUAAUCUCACUCCAGUUGGUGCAUCUCGGUAUGAUAACUCCCUAGGUCUCUUAACCAAAAAGUUCAUUAAUCUGAUCAAACAUGCAGAAGAUGGUAUUCUUGAUCUAAAUAAAGCCGCUGACAGAUUAGAGGUGCAGAAAAGGCGUAUAUACGACAUAACAAAUGUCCUUGAAGGCAUUGGUCUUAUAGAAAAGAAAAUCAAAAACAGAAUCCAGUGGAAGGGUCUGGAUGUCUCGAGACCAGGGCAAGUGGAUGAGAAUCUCCCUAGCUUACAGGCAGAAGUAGCAAACUUAAAUAUGGAGGAGCGCAGAUUGGAUGAACAAAUAAGAGAAACGCAAGAGAAAUUGAGAGGCUUUAGUGAAGAUGAAAACAAUCAAAAGUGGCUUUUUGUGACUGAAGAAGACAUCAAGAGUUUACCUUGCUUUCAGAACGAAACUUUGAUAGCAGUUAAAGCUCCACAUGGCACCACUUUAGAAGUUCCAGAUCCUGAUGAGGCAAUUGAUUAUCCACAGAGGAGAUAUAGAAUAGUUCUCCGGAGCACUAUGGGACCUAUAGAUGUUUACCUUGUCAGUCAAUUUGAAGAGAAAUUUGAGGAGAUGAAUGGGGUCGAGGUGCAACCAAGCAUCCCUUCAACAUCAACACUUGAUGAGAAUACUUCUGCAACACCAGCAGCCGAGGAGAUAAGAGUAAACGAAGCUGACCUUCAAAACCUAGAAGCUCAGAGAAUGUGUUCAGACACAAGUACAUCGCAGGAUUUUGUGAGUGGAAUCUUGAAGAUUGUGCCAGACGUUGGUAACGAUUCCGAUUAUUGGUUAUUGUCGGAUGCUGAUAUAAGUAUCACUGACAUGUGGAUGACAGAUCCUGGGGUUAACUGGGAUAGCUUGAGCACAGUUCCCGAAGACUAUGCCUUGCCUAAUGUUAGCAUACCACCGGCCCAAACACUACAGCCUGAACAAACUGAAAUGCCUACUAGCACGACAGGGAGUUCAAGUGGAUUUGGUGGUGAUCCACAAUAA